AGCGUGCGUGCUCGCCCCCGCGGUCUGCAGGCUUCUGGGUUCGGUCGCCUUCCUCCUGCUCCUCCUCCUCCUCCUCCUCCUCUCUCUCUCUCUCUCUCUCUCUCUUUCUUUCCUUCCUUCCUUCCCUCUCUCUCUCUCUCCUUGCCGGGCAUGAAGAUGGUGGCCAGCGUCCGGGUGCAGAAGCUGGUGCGGCGGUACAAGCUGGCCCUUGCCACGGCGCUGGCCAUCCUGCUGCUCCAGGGCCUGCUGGUGGUGUGGAGCUUCAGCAGCCUCGAGGAGGAGCAGGAGGAGGGCGGCCAGCAGGGCCAGGCCCGCCAAAAGAAGGCCCAGCUACUUGAAAACAGUGAAGGCUCCAAGGAUUCAGACAGCUCUGCAGGCAGACGGGGUGGCUUGAACCGGAAGCAUGGACGAUGGAAGAAUCGCCAAGACAGUCCUGGAAUCCUGGUCGCCAAGGUGAUGAGGGCAGUUACAGUGAAGCACAAGCCUGGGCACAGGUUGCCCAUCUACUUGGACUCUUCCAGUCAAAGGAACCUGACUGAUCUCAGGGGGGAUGGUCAGCUGGCAGUCUUCCAGCAGGGGGACACAGGCAGUGUUGAAGGGGCACCUCAACCCACUGAGAACAACUUCACUCCCAAGUGCGAGAUCAUGGGCAAAGACGCCUUGUCUGCCUUAGCCAGAGCCAGCACUAAGCAGUGUCAGCAGGAGAUUGCCAAUGUGGUGUGCCUACACCAAGCUGGGAAGCUGAUGCCACGCUCUGUACCCCGGCAAUGCCAACUCUCAGGGAAGGUCAGCCCAGUGAUCCAGUGGGAUGACAGCAGAAUGCUCCAGGCCUCUGUCAGCCAGCCAGUUCGGAUUGCCUAUAUGCUGGUGGUUCAUGGGCGAGCCAUCCGCCAGCUGAAGCGCCUCAUCAAGGCUGUGUAUCACCAGCAACAUUUCUUCUACAUCCAUGUUGACAAGCGUUCCACUUACCUACAUCGUGAAGUGGUGGAACUCGCCCAGCACUAUCCCAACAUCCGGGUUACCCCCUGGCGUAUGGUCACCAUCUGGGGUGGAGCCAGCUUGCUAAAGAUGUACCUACGCAGCAUGAAGGACCUGCUGGAGAUUACAAACUGGGCCUGGGACUACUACAUCAACCUCAGUGCCACAGACUACCCUACCAGGACCAAUGAGGAGUUAGUGACUUUCCUGUCUAAAUAUCGAGACAAGAACUUCCUGAAGUCUCAUGGCAGAGAUAAUGCCAGGUUCAUCAAGAAGCAGGGCUUAGAUCGGCUUUUCCACGAAUGUGACUCUCACAUGUGGCGGCUAGGAGAACGGCAGAUUCCAGAGGGCAUUGUGGUGGAUGGUGGUUCAGAUUGGUUUGCCCUCACUCGCAGCUUUGUGGAAUAUGUGGUCUACACCAGCGACCGGCUAGUUUCUCAGUUGCGGCAGUUCUACACAUACACACUUCUCCCAGCAGAGUCCUUUUUCCACACUGUCCUGGAGAACAGCCAUGCCUGUGAGACCCUUGUAGACAACAACCUCCGAGUGACUAACUGGAACCGCAAACUGGGCUGCAAAUGCCAGUAUAAGCACAUUGUGGACUGGUGUGGCUGCUCACCGAAUGACUUCAAACCACAAGAUUUCCUGCGACUGCAGCAACUCUCCAGACCCACCUUCUUUGCCAGGAAGUUUGAAUCAACCAUCAAUCAAGAAGUGCUGGAGAUCUUGGACUCUCAUCUCUAUGGUAACUACCCACCUAAUACGCCAGCCCUCAAGGCCUAUUGGGAGAGUGUCUAUGACCGCGUGGAUGGGCUGAGUGGGCUCAGCGACGUCACCCUUACUGUAUACACAUCCUUCUCCAGGCUGGGCCUACAGAAAGCGAUGUCUAUGCCAACACAGAAAGAGGAGAGGUUUUGCAGAUUUGAGCCACAGGGCUUCCCAUCAAGUGUGCACCUGUAUUUCUUUGAUGACCAUUUCCAGGGCUAUUUGGUGACUCAGGAAAUACAGAACUCUGUGACACAGCAGGCAGAAUCUCUAGAGAUAUGGCUGAUGCCGCGGGGGACUCUCAAGCUGGCAGGGCAUACAAGGCAAAUGAACCGUUUGCAGAAUCUUGAGGUAGGAACGGAGUGGGACCCUAAGGAGAGGAUCUUCCGCAACUUUGGUGGCUUGAUUGGGCCUUUUGACGAACCAGUGGCCAUGCAGAAGUGGGCACGAGGGCCCAAUCUCACAGCCACUGUUGUUUGGAUUGACCCUGCCUACAUCAUUGCCACAUCCUAUGACAUCACAGUGGACGCAGAGGCGGAGUUCACUCAGUACAAACCACCCCUCAACCGCCCUCUUCGUCCAGGCAUAUGGACCAUCCGCCUCCUCCAGUUCUGGGAGCCCCUGGGAGAAAGCCGGUUCCUGGUGGUCCCACAGACUUUCAACCACAAGCAGCCUCUUAGGAAAGAUGACAGCAAGUGGCUGCAUGGCGGUCCUCCCCACAAUGAGUACAUGGAGCAGAAUUUCCAGGGCCUGGCUGGGAUCUUGAGCCUCCCUCAUCUGGAUGAAACUAGGAGAGCCUCCAAUCAUCACACACAGCUGGUUGGCCAUGCACUAGAAAACUGGACGGACAGCAGCAUCAGCAACUUCUGGUCAGUGGCCAGCCUCUGUGUGGCAAGCCCCUCCAGCUGCUCCAACUUGGAGCUCUGUAACAAAACGUCCUGGAGUUCACUGUCCCCAGACCCCAAAUCAGAACUAGGGACCAUCAAGCCUGAUGGGAGACUGAGGUAGCAGGGGCAGCCAGCAGCACAUUAUUGGGAUCAAGGAAGCAUUGCUCCCCCACCCCACCCCAUGAUAUGCAUGGGGUGAGGGCAGGUUUGUCCAUUCUUCUCCAUAGGGCAAAUUCCUGGCUCAGACAUCAUACUUUGAAAAGGCACCAUCUUCAUGUGAGCGAACCAAAGGAAGAGAUCUUUAAUGAAGCAGAAAGAAAACUUUCCUGUUGGGGGCUCAGUGAAGGUGCAGAAGCAGAGAUCCUACCCACUGGUUUCAGGAUUGGAGGGAGAGAAGAUGUGGUUAGGGGGAGCUCAUGUAUUUAUGAAUCCAGGCUUUGGAAACAUUUUGAUCUGGAUGAUAAGCUGUCAGCUUCCUGGCUCCAGGGCACUUCAACCAGCAGGCCCUUCUCAACUGGACAAUGUUCUGCAAAACCAAGACACUCUGUUCCCAUGUGGUUGCUGGCAGAGAAUUCUGGGAAAUGUUAGGGUGGGGUAGUUGGGAGAAUGCAGGAAACCAGGCUGUUGCUGACUGUCUCUGGGUCUUCUGUGCAGCUAGUGCUGGCUCUACAGGCACAUUUCCACUCCUCCCUCUCCAUCCUUUCAGUCCUUAUUUUUUUUAUGUGUAUGUAUGUAUAUGAAAUGUAUAAUGAAAACAAAGUGCAAUAGAGAACACAGUCAUCCCACCAUCCUCUCUACCCCACCAUCUUAGUGUUUCCAAUUUCUCCUUCCACUGUGACAUAACCUUAUCCUCCUUGAUUCUGUUAGUGGUGGGAAUAGGGUGGGAUAUUUGGGUUUCCUCCAAGCUGUGCUGGGUGCUUGGAUCUUGGCUGCUGAUGUUUGAGAAAGGGUCUCUGUCUUUUUCUGUCUCUCUCUUUUCUGAUCAGAGCUAUUCCUGCCCCUUAGUCCAAAGGAAAGACAGGAUUGGGCUCCUGGCAGCUCUGCCAAGGAUCACUUUCAGUGGAGCUGGCAAUUGUGCCAAACCUAGAUACCUGAUAAUGCCCCCUUGUGUACUUGUCUCAGACUUCACUCUCACUCUUUUCUAUUUUCUGCUUCUCUGCUUGCAGUCUGGUAUAUUCAUGCAUUGGUACAUCUUGAAGAGUAAGGUAAAUGAUCCCUGCCCAUCCUAUCCAUCCUCAAGCCAGAUACUGUGGAAAUCUGAAGUAAAAUUUAUUGUUGGAUUGCUGGUCAUCCACUCUGUCUCUGCAUCUGUUUCUGCUGAUCUAAUCUGACCUGCUUCCCCUCUUCCCCCAGCCUGUUGACUGGUGGUUCCCCUCCACUUUCGCUCUGCCAAACAAAUUUAAGUGGGCAUCAUUUGCGAUCCUGCACACACAUGUGAACAUGCACACAUACACUUCUGUUGAGAAUCUAGCCCUCAAAUUGUAUAUCUCCCAGCCAAAAAUGUAUUACCAUCCACUUAGCGUGAUCUUACCUGUUCUAAGUGUUGUCCACUCAUAUUCCUUGCCCUGCUCUGAUCUUUCAGGUGCAUCCCACUAUGCUGAAUGAACCACUCCCAGUUGAACUGGGGACAACUGUGUAUGGGUUUUUGUGGCUUCUUUCCUGAUUACUGUUACAAAGGGAACAUGUGAAGACAAAAUCAUCUUUGGAAUAUAUUUUAUUUUUUAAUGUGUGCCAUAUCAAAAUUCAGGAGAGAACAGACAUGGGGAAGUGCCCCCCAGAUGUUGUGGGACUCUAAUUCCUAUCAGCCACAGCCAGCAGGUUGGUGGCCAAGGAUAAUGGGAGUUGUAGACCAGCAACAUCAGGAGUCACAGAUUCCCCACUCCUAAUGCAGUUGAUUUGGGAGGGGACUGGAAUUGCUGAAAAUCCUUUUCAGAAGUUGUUUCAUUCCCUUUCUGUUCGAAAUGGAUCCUGAGGCUCAGAGUUCUCACAUGGUCUCACCAGGAUUUUAAGAAUGUUCUAAUCUCAGGCUUUGGUUUGAGCUUUUCAAGAGAGUCGAUUUCCCUGCCUUGAUUUCUUCAAAGCCUGACUAUUGGUUUUCCUUCAUCUUGAGUUAGAAGUGCAGCUCACACAGGAUCUCCAGUGUUAAAAAUUCUCUGAUUUAUAUGAGCUGUGCUGGUGCUAAACAAAUUGUCUAAGAUGAGGGUUGCCAAACCCAUAGCACAUCUGAUUGGGACCAGUUCCCCCACCCAGGGCACAGAUCGCUCUGUUUCCAGUUUGGGGAUAGGGCCUUGGAAACCACAUUAGCCUGGAAAGGGGGGCUCCUUUCAUGUGUCCUGCCUUCUGAGCCAAGGGGGAGAACCAGGCAGAGCUCAAAUGGAAACCUAUUCCAAAGAAUGAGUGCCGAAAGCUUUUGUGUCAGAAGCAUUAUGUAAAGUUGUCUUAAAUAUGCAACACAAAUAUAUCUAUAUCUCUACGGUGUGAGGAGUGUGAAUUCUUAUAGCCAGCUGCUUGUUCUCUUGAUGUGCUGAAGAGUCCCUAGAUUGGUUCCUUGGGUGGUGGUGUGCAACCUCUCUAGCAAAACAGCCUGCUGGCACCACAAUGCCAGAAUUAUAUUUUGACAGAAUGGGGGAGGGAGUACUCCAGUGCCUCAAAUCUGCUUCCAGAGAGCCCCAAUGUCUCUAUGUACUUGGAGGGUGUGGUGCAGCCCAGUGGCCAGUGGUUGCUUCUACCUGCUGACCCCAAGCCAGUCUCUCAAACUGAGAGGACAUGGUCAAGCACAUGCUUUCAAGCCCUUUUGAAGACUGGGAGGUCCCGUCCCCCUCUUUGUCCUUACAGCAGUUUGUCACCAUAUCAUUCUCUCUCUCAGCUGGAACUUCCCACACAUCCUUACUCUAAAUAUGUAUGUAAGCCUUUCAAGAAAGUUCUAUAUUUGAGAUCAGAAAAUAACUUAUAAACAUUCAUUUUUGUACUACAACAACUAGAUUUGCCCAGCCAGCAUGGGUAUGGAUUAUUAGGAAGAACCAUUCUCUUAUAUGGAUUCUGAUCCCCCCCCCCAAUUGCUGCCAAUUGCUAUAUGUACCCAGAACCCACAAUGAAUCAAUCCAUCUUCUUUAUCACCCUGUGUAUGCAUUAAACAGAUUCAAGAACAA